CAUUGGAUGUGUGUUUUAUUUUGAAAAUGAUAACCGGAAGUUGCGUUUCUUCCUAUAUCGCUAACUCGACCUGAAAGCAACGAGUCUGUCCCCAACUGUUUCUGUGGGUUCUACUGACCUGUACACGAGGACUUAGUGUUUUUUUUUUUUACAGACUUUACAUAAACAAAACAUUUUUAAGAACAGACAUGGCGCUCACCGAUGCCGACGUACAGAAACAGAUCAAGCACAUGAUGGCCUUCAUUGAACAAGAGGCCAGUGAGAAAGUUGAGGAAAUUGAUGCGAAGGCGGAGGAAGAGUUCAACAUCGAGAAAGGUCGCCUGGUGCAGACUCAGAGGGUGAAAAUAAUGGAAUACUAUGAGAAGAAGGAAAAGCAGAUUGAACAACAUAAGAAAAUCCAGAUGUCCAACCUGAUGAACCAAGCGAGACUGAAGGUGCUGAAGGCCCGUGACGACAUGAUCAUGGAUUUGUUGAAUGAGGCCCGUCAAAGACUUGCAGGGAUUGCCAAGGACCCUGCUAGGUACUCCACCCUAUUGGAGGGCCUGUUACUUCAGGGAUUCUAUCAACUGCUGGAGCCCAAGGUUACCAUUCGCUGCCGACAGCAGGAUGUAGAAAUGGUUCAGGCUGCAGUUACUAAGAACAUCCCUAUCUACAAAGAGGCAGUGAAGAGCAACAUAGACGUCAGAAUUGACAUGGAAUGUUUUCUUCCAUCAGAAAUCUGCGGAGGAGUCGAAGUGUAUAAUGCUAAUGGGAAGAUAAAGGUUUCCAACACUUUGGAGAGCAGGCUUGAACUUAUGGCACAUCAGAUGAUGCCUGAAAUCAGAGUGAACUUGUUUGGUGCCAACCCCAACCGCAAAUUCACAGAUUAACAGUGGAUUUGAAGGGAGCAGUGCGGACACAGACGGACUAUUUAAGGUGACCACAGACUAUCAUCAUAGUGCGCAGCAGCCCGCACAAUCACCUGCCAGUUAUCGGGGUCAAAGAGAAGCCUGAUUUCCUCAAUGGGACGCUAUGGAUGUGUUCAUAUAUCUUUUUAUUUUUGUACUAAAGGACUGAGUAAUAAUUCAACAUGCGCACUUUUACUUCUGUUUAAGUGCCCUCUAUUUAACCUCUCCAUGGGGUGUCUAAUGGACUGCUUUAAAUUGCAAUGGCAUUGCAAAUAUGUAUUGCUCUUAACUAACUGAUUAAAGUAAUCAAAGCUACAUGUCUAGGUCACCAAAGAUACACAUUUUCCCUACACAUACUUAAUCUAAUCAUUUUUUGUAGACUACCGCCUAUAAUCAGGUUGAUUAUCUGUUUGCCAAAGAGAACUUUUUUUUUUUUUUUUUUUAAUAGUUUGUGUGUGUGGUGUGUGUGUGGGGAAAGAGAAAGGAUGUUUACCAUUGUUCUGAAACAGUUAACAUACAAAAGCCAAAGAAAUAAA